AUGAUUGCUAUUGCUAAUAGAUUUAGAUAUCUACUAAGGCACAAUUUCCUCUUCAAGCAAACUCCAAAAGUUUCUUUUAUGCAUCCAAAUGCAUCAAGACUUUUUGCAUCAAAUCCUAUAAAUACAAGUCAAGAUAAAGGAGAUUUAGCAGCGCAAUGAAUAUCCAGACCAGGCCAAAAAGAUCUUAGUCAUGAAUCCCACCCUCUCGAAAUCUAUUGUGGAAAUCUACCAUUCGAAGCUACAGACCAAGAUAUCAAAGAUUUUUUCAAAGAAUGUGGAAAUCCUGAAAUACUUAAAACUUCACUUGAUAGGUUUGGUAAUAAAAAGCCUUUCGUCUUUAUUAAAUUUUCCAGUGAAAAUGAAGUGAACAAGGCCUUAAAACUUAAUGGAGCUCUAUUUUUUGGGAGAACACUUAGGAUAAAUAAAGCAGAUGAUGCAUCGAAGAUAGAAGAAUCAAGAAGAAAGAUAAUAAAUGGGAGAAAUGCUAGCAAUAUAGCAGAAAUCGUUAUUAAAAAUUUGCCUACAGAAGCAAGCUCAGAUGAAAUUAAAGCAAUUUUCAAAAAUAUAGGUGAUAUUAUUCGAUUUAAACUCGUUACGCAUAAGAAUUGUGCUUAUGUCGAAUUUUCAAGCAAAGAAGCUCUCUAUGAAGCACUUCAAUUUAAUGACUACCUCUUCAAAGGGAAAAAUAUUAGUGUUAACAUCGCGCCUGCUCGGAAAUUCACACCUUAA